AUGCAGGUUCCCGCGGCUCCCGCUGAUGCCGAGCUCAAGGCGGUGAUCGACAAGUUAGCGUCGUUCGUAGCAAAGAAUGGGGAGGGAUUCGAAGCCUUGACUCGCACCAAGCAGGCCGACAAUCCCAAGUUUAAUUUCCUAAAUGGAGGAGAAUCCUAUGAUUACUACCGUUAUAAAGUGUGGGAAGCGAUG